CGGAGGUCGUCCGCCAUAACGACACUCGGACUGAACGAGGUUUGGAUUAAACUACUCGCAGCCGGCCUGAUUUUCUGCAUGAUUAUUGAUGGUACUUCCGGUUUUCUGUCGUGUUCACCUUCGCCGUGUAAACAUGGUGGAACGUGCGUGAGCAAACCGAUCGGAGGAUCCUACUGCAACUGUACGUCGCGCUAUACCGGAGAGUUCUGUGAAUUCCCAAAUCCCUGUCACAUCAGUGCCGGCCCUCGGUGCCAAAAUGGUGGCACCUGUGAGGUAACCUACGGUAACGGUGCUCCCUCGUUUUCGUGUCGUUGUCCGAUCGGAUUCACCGAGAGUUUGUGUGAAAUUCCGGUGAAAAACGCGUGCGAUUCGUCUCCGUGCAACAAUGGCGGCAGCUGCAAGCUGAAAACCCUCAACGAGUACAGCUGUGUUUGUGCGACGGGUUAUUCGGGAACCUUUUGUGACAAACAGAACCUGUGCGCUUCGUCACCGUGCCGCAACGGGGGCACCUGCACUCUGACCCCGGGCGGUCACUUCAAGUGCAUCUGCCCGAAAGGGUUCAAGGGUUCGACCUGCUCGGAGGACAUCGAGGAGUGCAUCAAAAGUCCCUGCGUGAACGGUGGCAAGUGUGUCAAUACUCAUGGAUCCUACCAAUGCAUGUGCGAACCCGGAUAUACCGGAAAAAACUGCGAAUCACACUACAUUCCCUGUUCGCCGUCGCCCUGUCAAAACGGGGGCACCUGCAAGCAAUCAACCAAGUUCAACUACGAAUGUAAAUGCCCGCCAGGCUUCCAAGGUAAAAAUUGCGAGGAAAACAUCGACGACUGCCCCGGUAAUAUGUGUCAAAACGGUGGCACCUGCAUGGACGGGGUCAAUGCCUAUCACUGUAAGUGUCCGCCGAGCUUUACCGGUGAAUAUUGCGAAACGGACGUGGACGAGUGCGUUCAGCAGCCCACGAUCUGCAAGAACGGUGCCACCUGUACUAAUACCCACGGUGGAUAUAAUUGCAUUUGCGUCAACGGUUGGAACGGUCCUGAUUGUAGUAAUAACAUAGAUGAUUGCGUAGAUGCCGCCUGUUUUAAUGGGGCAACCUGUAUCGACGGAGUUGGCAGCUUCUACUGUCGGUGUACGCCGGGAAAAACUGGAUUGCUGUGUCAUUUGGAUGACGCUUGUACUUCGAAUCCUUGCCAUGCGGAUGCAAUCUGCGAUACAAGCCCGAUUAACGGAUCGUUUACCUGUUCCUGCGCGAUGGGUUACAAGGGUAUCGAUUGCUCGGAAGACAUCGACGAGUGCGACCAAGGUUCUCCAUGCGAACAUAACGGCAUUUGUGUCAACACACCCGGCUCGUUUGCAUGCAAUUGUACCCAGGGUUUCACCGGACCACGCUGCGAAACCAACGUGAACGAGUGCGAAUCCCAUCCGUGCCAGAACGAGGGCAGCUGCCUGGACGACCCGGGAACUUUUCGCUGCGUUUGUAUGCCCGGUUUUACCGGCACGCAGUGCGAGAUCGACAUCGACGAGUGCUCGACCAACCCGUGCCUCAACGGAGGCAUCUGCCGGGAUCUGAUCAACUCGUUCAAGUGUACCUGUGCGAUCGGAUUCACCGGACUGCGCUGUCAGAUCAAUAUCGACGAUUGUAUGUCGCAACCCUGCCGGAAUGGGGGGAUCUGCCACGAUCUGAUCGCCGGUUACACGUGCGAGUGUCCACCCGGUUAUACGGGGAUGUCCUGCGAAACGAACAUCAACGACUGUCAGUCCAAUCCGUGCCAUCGGGGGAUCUGCAUCGAUGGGGAUAAUUCGUUCAGCUGUCAGUGUAAUCCGGGUUACACCGGGUAUCUGUGUCAGAUUCAAAUCAACGAGUGCGAGUCGAAUCCGUGCCAAUUUGGAGGGCAUUGUGAGGAUUUGGUGGGUGGAUAUAUCUGUCGGUGUCAGCCGGGAACUUCGGGACCGAAUUGCGAGGUGAACGUGAAUGAGUGUCACAGCAAUCCGUGUCGGCAUGGAGCUAAGUGUAUUGAUGGCAUCAAUAGGUAUACCUGUCAGUGUGUACCCGGUUUCACCGGUAUGCACUGUGAAACCAACAUCAACGAGUGCGCUUCGGAUCCGUGUGCCAACGGAGGCGUUUGUAUGGAUUUGGUUAACGGAUUCCGAUGCGAAUGUCCUCGAGGGUAUUUCGAUGCGAGAUGUUUGAGCGACGUGGAUGAGUGUGCUUCGAAUCCGUGCACCAAUGGAGGUCGUUGCGAAGAUGGUGUGAAUCAGUUCAUCUGUCAUUGUCCUCCGGGUUACGGAGGAAGACGAUGUGAGACGGAUAUUGACGAGUGCGGUUCGAAUCCGUGCCAGCACGGUGGUAUCUGCCGGGAUGGCUUGAACUCGUACACCUGCCAGUGCAUGCCGGGCUACUCGGGGAAGAAUUGUGAGAUCAACAUCGAUGACUGCGUGAAUAACCCUUGCCGUAAUGGAGGUUCCUGCAUUGAUUUGGUCAAUGGUUACAAGUGUGUUUGUCGAGUGCCAUUCACCGGACGUGACUGCGAAUCUAAAAUGGACCCUUGCCUACCGAAUCGAUGCCGAAAUGGUGCGAAAUGUUCACCAAGUCCUAACUAUUUAGACUUUUCCUGCAGCUGCACGCUGGGUUACACCGGAAGACUGUGCGAUGAAGAUAUCAAUGAGUGUGCCCUUUCCUCACCGUGUCGGAAUGGUGCAACCUGUCGGAACACGAACGGAUCGUAUCAGUGUCUUUGUGCCAGAGGUUAUGAAGGCCGCGAUUGUACGGUUAAUACGGAUGAUUGCGCUUCGUUCCCGUGCCAAAACGGAGGAACGUGUUUGGAUGGAAUUGGCGAUUACACUUGUCUGUGUGUGGAUGGAUUCGAGGGUAAGCACUGUGAGGUCGACAUAAACGAAUGCCUUUCGAUGCCAUGUCAGAAUGGAGCGACUUGCACGCAGUAUGUGAACUCGUAUACUUGUACCUGUCCGCUGGGUUUCAGCGGUAUGAACUGCCAAACAAACGACGAAGACUGUACGGAAAGUUCCUGUAUGAACGGUGGAACAUGUAUGGAUGGAAUCAACAGCUACAAUUGCUCCUGCCAGGCUGGUUUCACGGGUUCCAAUUGUCAGUACAAGAUCAACAAAUGUGACUCACAGCCGUGUCGAAAUGGAGCCACCUGCUAUGACUACGAUAAUGACUACACUUGCCACUGUUCGUAUGGUUACACUGGAAAGCAGUGCAUGGACUAUGUCGAUUGGUGUUCACAGUCUCCGUGCGAAAAUGGUGCAACUUGCGUUCAGCGGGAGAACGUCUUCCAGUGCAUAUGUGCCCCCGGUUGGACCGGAAAGUUGUGCGACGUUCAGAUGGUGUCCUGUAAGGACGCAGCCAUUCGGAAGAAGGUCGAUUCCAAACUGCUCUGCCACAAUGGAACGUGUGAAGAUUUUGGGAAUUCGCACCGCUGUCACUGCCAGCAAGGGUACACCGGAUCCUACUGUCAGAAGGAGAUUAACGAAUGUGAGAGUCAACCGUGUCGGAAUGGAGGUCACUGCAAAGAUUUGAUUGGUUCGUAUAAGUGCGUCUGCAAGCAGGGUUUCCAAGGGCAGAACUGUGAGUUGAAUAUUGACGAGUGUAAACCGAAUCCGUGCCGUAACGGAGGAAUUUGUCAUGAUUUGAUCAACGAUUACAAGUGUUCCUGUCCACCUGGAACGUUGGGAGUCCUAUGCGAAAUCAAUACGGAUGAUUGUGUGCCCGGGGCUUGUCAUAAUAAUGGAAGUUGCAUCGAUAAAGUGGGCGGUUUCGAGUGUCGCUGUCCGCCUGGGUUCGUGGGAUCCCGCUGCGAGGGGGAUAUUAAUGAGUGUUUGUCGAAUCCUUGCUCGAAUCCGGGUACGCUGGAUUGUGUGCAGUUGGUUAACGAUUACCACUGUAACUGUAAGCCUGGUCAUAUGGGACGCCAUUGCGAGAUUAAGGUUGAUUUCUGUGCCAAUUCGCCGUGUUUGAAUGGUGGUUUAUGCUCGACUCGGCAAACUGGACAUCACUGCGUUUGCGCUGACGGGUACUACGGUAAGAAUUGUGAGUUUUCCGGACAUGAUUGCGAUUCGAAUCCGUGCAUCAAUGGAUUGUGUCAGAUUGCGGAUGAUGGAGGUUACCGCUGCGAGUGUCCGCUUGGGACCAGUGGAAUCAAUUGUGAGAUUGAUAUUUUGGACGAGUGCAUUUCGAGUCCUUGCGAACGGGGUGCUGCCUGCCAGAACAAGUUGGGCGAUUUCGAAUGCUUUUGCCCGCCAAAAUGGGCGGGGAAAACGUGCAACGUUUACGACGCGACCUAUAAGGGAUGGUACGACAGCGCGAGUAAAAAGAAGGGAAUUCUGAACACGUACGCAAUCGAUUUGGAAUACCAGAGGGCGCAGUGUGUCAAGAAAGGCUGCCGCGAGAAGCAGGGUAACCACCGAUGUGACGAAGAAUGCAAUACCUAUGCGUGCGACUUCGACGGAAACGAUUGCUCGCUGGGAAUUAAUCCGUGGUUGAACUGCACAGCAAGCAUCAACUGCUGGGAGGUAUUUAUGGAUGGUUUCUGCAAUGAGGAAUGCAACAAUGCUCAGUGCUUGUUCGAUGGUCGAGAUUGUGAGAAAAAAUUACAACCCUGUAAUCCGGUAUACGAUGCCUACUGCCAGAAGCAUUACGCUAAUGGUUUCUGUGACUAUGGCUGUAACAACGCCGAGUGUAAUUGGGAUGGUCUGGAUUGCGAGAAUGAAAAAGAACCAGCGCAGCUGGCGGAAGGUGCCAUUUCCAUUAUCCUUCUGAUGGACUUGGAAACCUUUAAGAAAAACUCCGUGCAAUUCUUGCGCGACCUCGGACAUCAACUACGCACGACAGUGCGGAUCAAGAAGAAUAACGCCGGCGCCGAGAUGAUUUACCCCUGGAAAGGAGGUACCGCACUGCAAGGACUGGCGGAAAGUGACUUCGGCAAAAAGCACCACGUUGUCUAUACGGAAGCUCGUCAAACCGGAAUUCAAGUGUUCCUCGAACUGGACAAUCGGAAAUGUAUCGGAAUGACUGGAGCCGAGUGUUUCGGAACGGCGAAUGAGGCGGCCGAGUUUUUGGCGGCCACCGCUUCCAAACAUUCUCUGUCCAAACAAUUUCCGAUCUAUCAAGUCAAGGGUGUAAAUCCCGACGACGAUAGCAUACCGGAACCGACCAACACCAGUUACGUUCUGGUGGGAUUCUUCAUCGGACUGGCUUUGUUUGGGCUGUGCGGAGUUUUGGUUGCGAAUCGUAAACGUGCCCACGGUAUCACUUGGUUCCCGGAGGGUUUCCUCACGGCAAGUACCAACGUUCGAAGGCCUUCGCGCAGACGUCCUGAUGGGCAGGAGAUGCGAAAUCUAAACAAAAACCCGUCGAUGGUGGAUAUGUCCAACGGCCAUAUGGGCCACUCGCAGCAAUGGUGCAACAGUGACGAUGAAUCGGAAAUGCCUCAACCGAAGCGUAUGCGUGCCAUAGAUCAGGGUUACUCGAGCGAUCAUACCGCAAUCACGGAUUAUGAAGAAACCGAACCUAGAGUUUGGUCUCAGCUACACUUCGAAGCGGCUGAUAUUCGCGAUCAUCCUACGAUGAUGACUCCUCCCACGCAUCACGAUGGCGGCCACACGGAAGUGGACGUGCGUGGACCUUGUGGCAUGACUCCAUUGAUGGUAGCUGCAGUUCACCGUGGAAACCAAGAAACCGGAAUCGAUUCCACGGAUGACACAACGGCUCAAUUCAUAUCGAAACUGGUGGCACAAGGUGCCGAGCUAAAUGCCACUAUGGACAAGACUGGUGAAACGUCGCUACAUCUGGCGGCCAGACAUGCCCGGGCAGAUGCCGCCAAACGACUUCUCGAUGCCGGAGCUGAUGCCAACAGUCAGGAUUACACCGGACGAACACCUCUACAUGCCGCUGUUGCGGCCGAUGCUGUGGGCGUCUUCCAAAUUCUCUUGCGAAACCGAGCAACCAACCUCAACGCACGAAUGCACGACGGAACAACCCCUCUAAUACUAGCUGCUCGUCUCGCUACCGAAGGCAUGGUAGAAGAACUGAUCACUGCCGAUGCCGACAUCAACGCAGCCGAUAACAACGGCAAAACCGCCCUUCACUGGGCCGCUGCCGUCGACAAUGCCGACGGCGUAAACGUUCUCCUAGCGCACGGUGCCAACAGGGACGCCCAGGAUGACAAAGACGAAACGCCCCUAUUCCUAGCUGCUCGCGAAGGUGCUUUCGAGGCGUGCAAAGCACUGCUGGACAACUUUGCCAACCGUGACAUCACCGAUCACAUGGAUCGGUUGCCGCGCGAUGUGGCCAGUGAACGGCAGCAUCAAGACAUCGUUCGCCUGCUGGACGAGCACGUUCCACGCAGCCCGCAGAUGGUGACUACCAUCCCAAACACGAUCAUGUCACCGACGACGCACAUGAUCACUCAUCCGACCAUCAUCGCUUCGACUAAGCAAAGCAAACAGAAGAAACGAGCGAAAAUGAAUGGAGUAUCGGCCGGUGGUCUACCGACUGGCCAGAAUCCGAACAGUCCGGAAAACGACGGAAGCAUCCGACGAAAAACGAAAAAACCCAACGGUGCAAACGUCGGUGCCAAGAAGAACAACAUCGUAGACGUGCAAAUUCCAGACGAUCAGCUGAGUUCGGUCGAGUCGCCACUGGCCAACAUCCCGAGUCCGUACGACACCGUAAGUUUGUACUCGAACGCCAUGACGGUGCACCAGAUGGACCCGAUGACCGGCAACAAGAAGCCACCCAGCUACGAGGAUUGUAUCAAGAGUGCUCAAUCGCUGCAAUCGCUGCACAACAUCAAUCUGGAUAACUACGGCUACUCGAUGGGAGGCGCCACCGGAAAUACGCCCUUCCAGGAUCUGAUCAUGAACCAGCGGGGCAACAAUGCAGCCGCCGCCACAAUGAUCCACGCUAUGCACAUGGGUGAAAGCGGUCUCAGCCCGCCGUAUUCGAAUCAAUCACCGCCCCACUCGGUGCAGAGCAAUCUGGCUCUGUCCCCGCAAGGGUAUAUAGAUCAGUUCAAAAAACUAAUGCCUGCUUUAAAAUUUUCGUUAGGUUCUCCGUCACCUGCCAAAACCCGUCCGAGUCUGCCGACGUCUCCGACGCACAUCCAAGCGCUGAGACACGCCCAGCAGCAAAAGCACGGUGUGCAAAUGAUCUCCAACGGAAGCAUGCAGCAGCAGCAGAACAGCAGCAGUAUAGGCUGCGGUCAACAGCAACAGCAACAGCAGCAGCAGGGCAGUAGUAGUAACAGUAGCAAUAACAAUGCAAACAGUGCAAUGUUGGCCAGUCUGCAGAUGAACUACGUUCAUGGCUCCACUGGACUGGAGCUCGCCGGCUUCUGCAGUCCUACAGGCCAAGGAUCUCAGGCUUCGACGUCGCAGAACACGACCGCCACCACCGUGUCGUCGCCAUGCAAUUCGACGAUGUCCUCGUCGCACCUGUCGCCGCUGUCGUCGGCGUCCGCCCACUGCCAGCAGUCGACGCUGAACAGCCAACAGUCGUCGUUCUACCAGUAUCUGACUCCGCCGAGUCAGCACAGCGGAGGCGUGACGCCUCAGCAUCUGGUGCAGACGUUGGACAGCUAUCCGACGCCAUCGCCGGAAUCGCCCGGCCACUGGUCAAGUUCCUCGCCUCACUCGACCUCGGACUGGUCCGAGGGAGUUCAGUCGCCAGCGGCGGCCAAUAUGAAUGUGUACGUGACAAGUGCCGCCGCCGGCGGAGGUCACCAAGCCAACAAAGGCUCGGAAGCGAUCUAUAUCUAG